GUAGCCCCCACACCCGCGUUGCUGCUUCCAUUUUGUGUGGUUAUCAAAUAGUAGUCGCCGAUUAUCGACUUCUACGGGCCUUCACGCUAUGUUGCGCUACUUCUGAGUGUGCUACUUUGAUACAUCGGACGGCCACGGCUUCGACUUUAGUUGAAAUAUGGCACAUCGGAGCAUUGUGCGGACAAGCAAGUUUCGCCAUGUGUUUGGCCAGGCCCUGAAAAGAGAGCAAUGCUAUGAUAACAUAAGGAUCACAAAACAGUCAUGGGAUUCCAAUUUUUGUGCGGUCAACCCAAAGUUCCUGGCCAUCAUCAUAGAAGCCGCAGGUGGUGGGGCAUUCAUGGUGCUCCCGUUGAACAAGACUGGUCGAGUGGAUGUGAACCAUCCACUGGUGGCUGGGCACAAGGGACCUGUGCUGGACAUCGCUUGGUGCCCAUUCAAUGACAACGUAAUUGCCAGUGCUUCAGAUGAUGCUGUGGUUCGAGUGUGGCAGAUCCCUAAUUUUGGCCUUGUCCGCCCGCUCGUGGACCCAGUGGUCGAGCUGCCUGGGCAUGAACGCCGUGUUGGACAGGUGCUGUGGCACCCGUCAGCCAACAAUGUACUGCUCAGUGUUGGAGCUGACUGCAAGAUCAUCAUCUGGAAUGUGGGCACAGGUGAAAUCCUGUCGUGCAUUGACCACCCAGACAGUGUGUUCAGCUGUUGCUGGAACUGGGAUGGCAGCCGCAUUGUCACAACUUGCAAGGACCGCAAAAUUCGUGUGUACAAUCCAAGGACGGGGGAUGUGGAAGCGGAGGACUUUGGGCAUGAAGGUGCCAAGCCGCAAAAAGCUAUCUACUUGAGGGAUGGCCUCAUUUUUACAACGGGGUUCUCAAGAAUGAGUGAAAGGCAGUACGCCCUUCGUGUGGAGUCGGAACUUGCCCAGCCAGUGGUCCUGGAAGAAUUAGAUACAAGCAAUGGUGUGUUGCAGCCCUUCUAUGACCCGGAUACAAAUCUGCUAUAUCUUGCUGCAAAGGGUGACAGCAACAUCCGGUACUUUGAGGUGACGGACGAGCCCCCGUUUGUGCAUUACAUCAGCACAUAUCAGUCGAGUGAACCACAGCGGGGAAUGUGUGCCAUGCCAAAGCGCGGUUGUGAUGUCCACCAGUGUGAGAUAGCCAGGUUUUACAAGCUGCACUCCAAGGGCCUUUGUGAAGUGAUUUCUUUCACAGUACCACGCAAGUCAGAUCUAUUCCAGCAAGAUCUGUACCCUGAGACACCCGGCGACACCCCUGCCAUAUCAGCUGAGGAGUGGGCAGAAGGAAAAGAUGCUGACCCAAUUCUUAUCAACUUGAAAGAAGGCUAUACAGCCAGCACGAAGCAGGACUUCUCGGUGACUAAGAAGCCCAACAUCCUUAACAAAAUGCCUGAAAGGCCAGUAGCACAAAAGGGAAGUGAACAGUCCGUGUCCCCAGUGGUAUCAGAUGCAAAGUUGGACGAGCUGUUGGAUGAAAUCAGGAAGCUCAAGUCUGUUGUGGUGAAGCACGAGAAACGCAUCAAGGAGCUCGAGUCGCGGUUGGAAAGUAGCAAGGAGGAUACCUCCGUCGACCGCCCCAACACGCCACCGACACCUCCACCGGGUGAUCAGAAACAGAGCAACAAUCACCACGAAGAAAGCGCCACUGGAGAAGGCCAUCCCUUGCGCAAGUCGGAGACAAGUUCAAGCCUAUAUUACCCACCGCCAAGGAGCCUGCCCUGCAAAACACUGCAAGGUGGUGCCAAAAAAGACAAUGUGCCCUAUGGUGACCACUGUAGAAGUGGCAGUGGCAAGAUGAUGAUGUUUCUGCAGAAUAUGAAUCGUGCUUGGAAUAAUCUCGUUGCCAGGCCGCUGGUGCGCAGCCGAGAAAGUGGCACAAGGUCCCAACUAAGUUUACCCACAAAUGCUUCAUAAGGACAAGACUUUCCUAGGCAGCAAGGGUCCCCAAGUAGUUGCAGCAUCCUUGUUUCUCAACCCAGUGCAGUAAAGUGUGACAUUGGAAGUUUGUGCAACAAACCUUACAUAA